AUGAAUCUUCUGCAGACUUCUGCAGACCCUGAGUGGGACAAGGUCACCGCAAUUGAUGAUGCGCAGGACGAGAAUGAGCCCGAGCGCCCGCGCAAGAAACGUCGCAAGUACAUUGCAAGAGCCUGCAACGAAUGCAAGCGCCGAAAGAUCAAAUGCAAUGGACAAGCUCCAUGCCAGCGUUGUGGCCGACAGCGCCUCGAAUGUGUUUACGUCGAGAAUGCUCAGCGCGAUAGUCUCAGUGAGCACGAAAAUUUCGAGCGACUCUUUGAUCACAUGAGAUCAAUGCAAGACCAGAUUGCCAAUCUGUCUGCGGCUGUCCGGUCCAUCGCCCACAGCUACAGUUCGCCCAUGGGCGCGAGGCGUCCGAGCAUUCUUGGACCGGGGGGAAUGGCAUCCGACAGGCUAUUGUAUUCACAGCGAGGACUUCGGCGGAUGUCAACCGCUAGAGAAGCUUCUUUCCAGGGUCCGACAACGUCUGCCUUUGGCUUCGAUCUCGCGAAAUCGAGUUUGCAGCGUCGAGGUAUUGUGGAGCAUCAAGAAGAGGUAGCCGAAGAGGGAGAUUUCGCGCAAGAACCAUCUCCACUGGCGUCACCAUCUGCUCCACACCGUGACAUGGAGCUCCGUCAGGCAGUAGACCCCCUGUGGGCUUUACCCAAGGCUGAAGCACUCCGACUCUGCCGAGUUUAUGAAGAGGAGAUGGGGAUCAUGUACCCAGUCUUAGAACUGUCGGAGCUCUUGGACCAGGUCGAUAUCCUCUACGGUGUCAUGGACCAGACACUGGGUUCUAGCAUUCAAUUAAAUGAAGCUCAUGCCCUCGACCAGGAGGAUAUCUACAUUCUUCGCCUCGUGUUUGCAUGUGCGCUGACCGCCGAGGCUAGUGGACGCAGUGAGCAGGCCAUUUCGCUUUUUGACAGUGUGAGGGAGGUGCAGGAUAACUGUGUCUGGGGCCCGCCGGAGAUUAAAAGCAUUAUUUUCCUUACGCUUGUGUCAAUAUUCUAUUUUCAGAUGGACGAGGAGACUCUAGCGUGGCGGACUAUUGGAAUUGUGGAACGCAUGUCUCUGGAAAAGGGCCUGCACCGCCGGGAGACACUGAAUCAACCCGCAAUCCUAGCUGCUGGAAAGAAUCGCAUACUCCGGCUCUUUUGGUCUAUCUACAUCCUCGAUAUGCGUUGGAGUUUUGGAACUGGCAUGCCUUUCUCUCUGGAGGAUAGUGAUAUUGACCCCUGGCUUCCUGAGCCCGAAGAGAAGACCCCAUAUCUUCGCGUUAUGAUUCGAUAUAGCCGUAUGGCUGCCAAGGUGUGGAAGUUUAUCUCUGCUUUCAACAAUACAAAUGAGAUCAAAAAGGAUGAGAUGAACUACCUGGACUGGCAAGUAUUGAACUGGGCACGCACGAUCCCGGACUCAUUACGACUUGAUCACCCCGGCACUCCGGAGUCCAAUACUGCUCUGAAAGGUCCACGAAGCUUCCAACGACUUCGUGCCCUACUUUAUUUGCGUGCAAAUCAGCUACGAAUGCUGAUACAUCGACCAGUCCUGCAUACCGCUGGUCACAUCACCCGAUAUCCUGGCGAGGCCGAGACAGUGGUUGACAUUGCAAAAGACACUAUCAGAUUCAUCACCCGCCUCAAUGAGACUUCUAAUAUUUAUCAGCUUCAACAAGUGGCUUUCAACUGGUUCCUGGUAUCUGCAUUGGCCGUUCUGUUCCUCGCCGUUGCGCAAGCUCCGGCCCAGUUCAGCAGCUCAUGUAAAGAAGAAUUCUAUUGGGCAUUGGAGCUCGUCAAAGGAUUUUCCACCAAGUCGUACAUCUCCCGGCGACUCUGGAGGUCCAUCCGAAGUCUUCGUCAGCUCGGGCCUGAGCUGGGACUCGGGGUACAGAAACUUCACCCAGCAAGUCGAACGGGUGCCGAAGAUGGCACUGGUAGAACAUUAAAUCCGCAUGGAACAUCUGUCCCAGACACUGCGUCUAGCAACUAUAGCCAAACUCCCCUGGAUGGUGCACAGAUGACCCAAGAGCUGAUGGAGUGGUUCGAAGCGGUGGGAAAUUUGGAAGAUCAAAUCAUGGGAGUCGGAACCGGCCCGGCGGUGGAUGACGGUUCCUGGCAGCAGAUGCCGAACGGUGGCUUCAUGUUUGAUUACGGAGCAGGGCUGUCAAGUGUUAUGAAGGAUUGCUUUUAG